AUGUAUGCUGGCUUCUCUGCAUCAACAGGGAACCUUCUCAGUAACCAUUAUAUUCUUGCGUGGAGUUUUAGUAGAAGCAAAGAACGUUUACAGUCUCUAGACCUCUCUAAUCUCCCUCAGGUUCCUCUUCCAAGAGAGGAGAAAAAUAAAGUUUCUCCUCUGGUUAUUGGUCUGGUCGUCUUACUGGUGAUCCCUGUGUUGAUAAUUCUUGGAGGAGUUUAUUUGUAUAGGAGAAACAAGUAUGCAGAAGUAAAAGAAUCUUGGGAAAAGGAAUACGGUCCACACCGAUUCUCUUACAAGUCUCUGUACAAAGCAACAAAUGGUUUUAGCAAAGAUUGUCGUAUUGGGAAAGGUGGGUUUGGAGAAGUCUACAGAGGAACUCUGCCUCUAAGCAGACGUAUAGCUGUGAAGAGACUGUCUCACGAUGCAGAGCAAGGAAUGAAACAGUUUGUGGCAGAAGUUGUAACUAUGGGGAAUCUACAGCAUCGGAACUUGGUUCCUCUUCUUGGAUAUUGCAGGAGGAUAGGUGAGUUGCUUCUGGUCUCUGACUACAUGCCUAAUGGUAGUCUUGACCAGUUCUUGUUUCAUGACCAAAACGCAUCUCCUUCAUGGUUGCGAAGGAUCUCUGUUGUUAAGGACAUUGCCUCGGCUCUUAGUUACUUGCAUACAGGAGCCAAGCAAGUUGUUUUGCACCGGGAUAUAAAAGCUUCUAAUGUCAUGUUAGAUUCUGAGUUCAGUGGAAGGUUGGGUGAUUUCGGUAUGGCUAAGUUUCAUGACCAUGGAGCUAACUUGUCUGCAACAGCAGCUGUGGGAACUAUAGGUUACAUGGCACCUGAGCUUAUAAUAACGGGACCUUCUGUGAAGACCGAUGUGUAUGCGUUUGGUGCUUUCCUUCUUGAAGUGGUUUGUGGAAGGAGACCUGUGGAACCUGAGCUGCAAGUUGGAAAGAAGUAUUUGGUCAAGUGGGUCUGCGAAUGCUGGAAACAAGCUUCGUUACUCGAGACCAUAGAUUCAAGAAUGGGAAGAGAGUUCAUACCCGAGGAAGCCGAGAUGGUUCUGAAACUUGGGUUGCUCUGCACAAAUGCUAUGCCGGAAUCAAGGCCUACCAUGGGACAAGUGGUGCAAUACCUAAACAUGGACCUAACCUUACCGGAUUUCUCGCCGGAAACUCCAGGUGUUGGAGCUUUUAUGCCGGUUUCAACGGAAGCAUCACCUGCUACUGUGGUCGUCCCUAGUUUAAGGAACUCAUCAUUUUCUAUAUCUGUUACUCACACAAUCUUGGACGGGUAUGGGAGAUGA